CGCAAAAGUGCGAGCCUUUGGGCCGGCAGUGCUGCUCAGCUACACGCGUAGUGGGCUCCAGGCAACAGCAUCUCUCGCGUAGCGAUCGAUUUUGAGCAAUGCCUGCGCCACAACCAAAUGCAGAGCAGUGUGAUGAGGCUGCCAGCAGCAGCGGCGAAAGCGUAGCCAGCGAUGGUCGUGAGAACACUAGCGACAGUGUCACCACCAAUAACAGCAAAGAGGACGCCACAGCUGCAUUCAACAGCUACUACAAACACCAAGCCAUCAGCGACGACGCGUCCGCACUUUUCGCGAAGCUUCUGCCGAUAGCAGUGCGCGUCAAUCGGUCCUCGCCGUGCGCCGCGCUGUGCACCGCCGCGCUGACCAUGCGCCCAGCACCCGUCGCCGGCACGUAUUUCGUCGACGCGGCGAGCGAGCUGCUCGCGGCGUUUCAGGAGGUCGGCGCGCUGGCGCGGCAGGAACUGGUCUCGUGCGUCCCGCCGGCGCUGUUGGCCGCGCAGCCGGGCGACGUCGUCGCCGAUCUGUGCGCCGCGCCGGGCAUGAAGGCCCUGCAGCUGCUCGACGCCGUCGGUAGCGACGGCCUCGUCGUGGCGUCGGAGGUCGAUCGGAAACGGCUCGCCGUCCUCGUGCGUCGCGGGAGGCGGUCGACGGCGAAGGGCGCUUUUCUCGCGUUGUGCGCGGACGCGCGGCGCUUCCCCGGCAUGCGGCGGCGGACGGGCUGGAAGCAGAAGUACGAUAAAGUUCUGUGCGACGUGCCCUGCUCCGGCGACGGCACGGGACGGAAGAAGCGGAGCGUGGUCCGGACCUGGGACGUGCGGCACGGCUUGGGCCUGCACGCGCUGCAGCUGGCUAUAUUAAACCGGGGCCUCGAGCUGCUGGGCUACGGCGGGCGCCUCGUCUACUCGACGUGUAGUUUGAACCCCAUCGAGUGCGAAGCCGUUGUUUCUGCCGCUCUAGCGAGGCAUGCGGGACUGGUACGACUCGUCGCGGCGCCGGCGUGGGCCCGCGACCUGUCGACGCCGGGCCUCGCGUCGUGGAGCGUGCCGGGCGCCGCCUACGGAGCGACGCGUGAGGUCUUUGCGCGGUUCGAGGACGUCUCGAACCCGAAGAAGGCCCGCGUCGCGGCGACGAUGUUCCCUCCGGCGGACGGGGCCCCGUUGGCGCUCGCAAGGCGUUUUUUACCGUCGGAAAAAUGCGACUCGGGCGGCUUCUUCGUGGCGAUCUUCGAGCGGUCGGCCGAGCGGCGGCCGCCGGCCGCGCCGCGCGCUCCAGUGCCAUUGCCGCCGGAGGCGCCGCCCGCGCCGCCCGACAAGGAGGGCGACUGGCGCUGCGCCUGCGGCACGAACAACUUCGCGCGGCGGGGGCGCUGCUUCUCGUGCAAAAAAAGGCGGCCGCGCGUUGUUACGGGUACGUCGAGCCGGCCGCCGCCGCUGCUGGCGCGCUUCGGCGGCGACGCCUCGAUCCUCGACGCGUUCUGCGACGCCUACGGGCUCUCUGCCGCUACGGGCUUCCCGGUGGAAUCGGCGUUCCUCCUCAAGCGGCCGAAGCGGAGCUUGCUUGUGAUCUCCUCGGCGGCGCUCGCGGACCUCGCCAUCUCGGAGACCUGGGCCGCCGCCGCGGACGUCGGGUGCGCGCUCUGCGAGGUGUCGGAGGAGGACGCCUCGCGCUGGCCGCUCUUCGACGAGGGGCUGGAUGUCUUGGCCCGCUGCGCCACGCGGCGGCGCGUGGCUUUGGGUCCGGACCGGCUCCUCGCGCUCCUGAACGGAGGCGUUCUGAGUGACUUCGGCGGCGAUGGCUCGUACGUGGUGACGUCCAGUCUCGCGGUCGGCGCCGCCACGGGUCGGGUAGCCCUCGGCGCUUCGGUCGCGGACGGCGUCGCGUCGCUGUCGUCGUCCGCGCGGCUUUGUGAGGCGGUGCGUUGUGUUGUUGGUGCGUUUUUGUAG